UGCGCGACAGGACUCCCUUUGCAGGGGACAGUAACAAGCCGAAGAAGCGGUGGACACACUGAUACGAUGGAUUUCAAUCUCAAAAAGCUUACUUCUGAUGCAGGAGUCUUCUUCACCCGUGCAGUCCAGUUCACAGAAGAGAAGUUGGGCUCUGCGGAGAAGACUGAGCUCGAUGCCCACUUGGAGAAUCUGAUCGCCCGGGCCGACUGCACCAAGAACUGGACUGAGAAGAUCUUCAGGCAAACAGAGGUCUUGUUGCAGCCCAAUCCAAUUGACCACACUGGUGCGCGUAUAGAGGAGUUUUUCUAUGAGAAGUUAGAUAAGAAGAUCCCAUCCAGGACAACCAAUGGAGAGCUGCUGGGACAGUAUAUGCUGGAUGCUGCUAAAGACUUUGGCCCAGGGACCCCAUAUGGCAGUACCCUGAUCACGGUGGGGGAGUACCAGAGUAGACUGGGCGGGGCGGAGAGGGAGUUCCUCCAGACCUCGGCUAUCAACUUCCUCACUCCUCUCCGCAACUUCCUGGAGGGAGACUGGAGAACCAUAUCUAAAGAGAGACGUCUCCUGGAGAAUCGGCGGUUGGACCUGGACAUCUGUAAAGCACGUGUCAAGAAAGCCAAGCAGGCCGAGGCUAAAGCGGCGGCCGAGCCCGAUUUUCAGGAGACUAGGCCUCGAAAUUAUGUUCUGUCUGCGAGCGCAUCUGCGCAAAGCAGUGGUGGCUGGGAUAGUUGGGAUCUGGAAGAUUCCAAAGAGUCGGCCAAUGUGAUGGAUCAGAGGAAGCUGUGGAGUGAGGAAGUGGACAAAGCGGAGCAGGAGCUGCGUGUGGCUCAGACAGAGUUUGACAGACAGGCCGAGGUCACCCGGCUGCUACUGGAGGGCAUCAGCAGUACACACGUCAACCACCUGCGCUGCCUGCAUGAGUUUGUGGAGGCCCAGGCUACAUACUAUGCCCAGUGCCACCAGUACAUGCAGGAGCUGCAGAAAGAACUGAGCAGUGCUAACAGCGAUACGUACCCAAACUCUUUUGCCUCGAACGCCAACCCGUCCACCUCCGCCACAUCCCCCUCCCCCGUCUCCUCUGCCACCCUGCCAGGGGUCUCACCCCCAUGCCUGGCCUCCACCUCCACCCCUGGCAUCGCUCGGGAGCCUUCUGGCCCGCUGAAAAUCCAGGAUGUGCAGCAGCCUUCCACAGGCCACCGCAAGGCCAAGGUCCUGUAUGACUACGACGCCCACGACACUAGUGAGCUCUCCCUACUGGCCGACGAGCUCUCUGUUGAUGUUCUGCGGUGGUAUGUGAGCGGAGUGGAGCGAGGAGCGGAGUGUGCCCAAUUUGGCUGAAGCAUGGCGCGAUUUUCCCAAAGGCUGGAGCAUCGGCCUUCUCACCUGCUUCAAUAUCGCUCCAGUAGUGCUGACUUCAUGAGCUCAGGGCAUGACUGGCCCAGCAUGCAUUUCUAGUCUACUUCUGUGCUGCUCUAGCCCCUUGUUCCCGCACACUGACUCGGUACCGGUGCACCCUGUAUAUA